AUGACUAGCCUAGCAGAAGAGGCCAAAUCUGGCUUUCUAGCCAAUAGCAACCGAGCGCUUGAGUCGCUGGUGCCGCUGACCCAGCUGAGUUCGUUUCUUACGGAUCCUUCCAGAUCAGCUGCACCAAGUAACCAAACAGAAGACGAAUCUGAGUUUGACGACUCCGACGAUGCUGCAAACGAGAGUGUUGUGAGGAAGUCGUUCUCAAAACUGUUUUCUCGAGGCUCCCCAAACAGACCAACACUGUCACCUUUUGUGUCACCACCUAAAGCUGAGGUGAGCUUUCAGAGUUCAACACGUUCCAGCCAGGAUAUGAAUAGUCAAGAUUUCCAGAACUCAUCAUUUAUGAACGACACAAAGGCCCAAUUUGACUUGGCCAUUGAUCUCGAUGACGGGAAGUUUACUCAAAACGCAAGAAAGCUCCUGCUGUGGCUUCUGACGAAUGGAGAGAGAAGCAUCAGCUCUAUCAGAAAAGCCCUGGCUUUCAACAGGUCUAAUUUGGGAACCGUGGCUGAUUCUUCCUCGACACAAAAGCAUGAAGACUUGGUGAAGCAGCUCACAGACUGCAAGAUUCAGUUGAAGCUCUACGACAAGUUUCUCCAAGACUUGAUCGACAAGAAGCAGAUUGAUGCCGAGGACAUCACUGAUUUCCACGAAACAUGGGAGGAGAGAGAGCUGACUGUGGCGAAACUUCGACAGGAAAACGAGGAGAUGUCGACCUUGGUGGAAGACUUGUACGCUAACCUAGAGGAAAGUCAGGUAAAAUGGCGUCAAGCAGACCAGAGGGCCGAUCAGUUGCACAAUUCUUUCGAGGACUUGAAGGACGAGAUAUCGAAGCUUCUUCUGGCUUCUGGUAUUCCAGAGAAGUUAGUCCAGCAUCAUGAUUCUGCAUCUUACAUAAACCUGGCGGUCCCCUUGCUUCGAUCCCUUAUAGACUCCGAGAGCUCACGUCAGGAAGUGGCAGAUCUUGAAGAGAAGAUAAAGGUUUACGAAACCGAAGCACGACUGACUGAAAAGCUUCUAGGCCAACAAACCGAGGAGAUCGCCUCAUGGAAGGCCAAAUACAGUGAUCUUGAGCUCAAGGUCGAGGAGCUUCAGGAAGCUGUGGAUGUCACACCCCACAAAUUUGGCAAAGAUGUCGAGGCCAGGUUCAACAAAUACGAGGCUAUGAUUGAUGAUCUCCAAAGGCAAAUCAACCAGCGUGAAGACUCCAGCAGACAAAGCUCCGUGGUGGAUAAUACCUACGCUAACUCGGAGAGUAGGAAGCUUGAUGAUCUUCGCCAGGAAUACGAUGACCUUUUCCGCUUGCAUGAAGAGUUGAAGAUGGAGCUUAAGCUGACGAAACAAAACAUGAGCUCAACCAUCACAUCUCUAACAACACAGCUCAAUAAUAGGAAGAAGGAACAGCUAGCGCUUCGAGAUCGGGUAUCUGAGCUAGAGGAUGUUAAGAUCAGCCUAAACACAGCUGUUGAGAAGCAACGGAAGCUUCAGUCAGAGAAGACCAGACUCUCUUACCAGGUUGAAGAACUCAAUCAGGUGAAGAGUAAGCUACAAGGCAACAUUGACAUUCUCACUGAGAAAUUGCAAGAUGCUCACCUUGACGAUGAGAUUGCGCAGCCCACCAUUGAUGAGGACGCCAAAGCCAGGUUCCACCAGCUUUAUCAGUUUGACAUAGAUCAGCUUAACAAACUUGCUGAUACAUUUGAUCGCUUGGUUGACGAUAGUUCUAUCAAUGAGCCCAUUGAGAAGAUUAGAACGAUUAAGGACUUCCUCACUAAAAGUGAUGCAUCGAUUCUCGACUAUUCUGACGAUGUGAUUUCGGAUCUACUUGAAUGUCAUAGGAUGUUGUUUCAGUACUUUGCUAAGGCAGCUGAUCUUUCUGUUGACGACCAUAUCACUCUUUUGCUCAAAAAAGAGCAGAGAGCGAAAGAAAACGAGCAGCACAUUGAUCAACUUAGCAAGAGAAUUGUGCAACUAGAAGAGCAAAAUGACAAGCUUUCAAGACAAAAUGAAAAAGGAGAUGGCAGUCCUGAAUACGACCUCAGGCUUGAGGAGCUCACAGCUAGGUGGAAAGCAGAACGUGAAGCCAGAGUCUACGAGAAUAAACUGGCAAAGAGGAGGUUUAAUGAGCUUGAGGAAGAAAUCAACCGUCUUAGAGAAGCUGUGGGCAAAAAUGCUUGA